CUUUCACUUUCCGCAAAACGUGAAAAGAAGGUUGUCUUCGCUCUGCUGCUGCUCCUCUUUGCCAAAAAUCGUUUUGCCUACAGGAAUGAGCAGGGUUGCCCAGGACACGUCCCAUCACUGAAUCUGGCCACACCCCUUUCCUGCCCAGCGGUGGGCAGAGAUUUGAGGGGAAGUUUAGCCUUUAAAAGCCUCCCUUUACUUUUUGGGAGCAGUCAGCCACCGCCCUCGCACACACGCACACCCCCUCGGACACCUUCAGCCUGAACUGCAUCACUAAGUAACAGCCACAGUAAGUAGUCGUGAAAGGACUAUUUUUCUUUUUGAGGAUGGCCAGCUCCAAGUCUUCACAGACGACGCGCAACAUCAUCAUUGCCUGCCUGGCCCUGUGGUCGAUCAUCUCGCUCAUCACCAUUGUGGUGUGGGCAACCUCGCCAGACAUGAAGGGGGCCAGCCAGUGCAGAGCCGAACUGCAGGCCCUGCAGAGCACCUUCGACAAGGAAAAGGCAGUGUGGAUUGAGGACCGGCUGGCGCUGGAGGAAAAGGUGAGGCAUGGCUGGGACAACCAGACUAAGCUGCUGUCCCACAUUGACCAACUGAAGGACCAGCUGAAGCAACUCAACCUGUCCCUGGAGGCAUGCCAGCAGGAGAACGCCGCUCUGAACGCAAACAUCACUUCGCUGGAGAACGAUAUUGUGUUACACAAGGCCAUCGAGGCAAACCUAACAGCAAAUAUCUCCCAGCAACAAGAUCUGAUUGAACACCUUCAGCUUAAUGUGACCCAGACGGUCAGUGCCCUGGAGUCCUGUGAUGUGCAGACCACAGCUGCUAAGCUUCUCCAGACAUCAGCUGAGAAACAACAGCAGGCCUGCCAGACCAAAAAUCAGUACUUAGAUAAACAACUGGUGAAGUGCAAACAACAGCCCAAGUCUGGCCAUACCCAUGGCUCUGAAUCCAAUGGACCCCCUGGACCAACAAGUGGUAUUGCCAUGGUCGUGAUUGUUUGCAUCAGUCUGCUUUUGAUACCUUAGUGGAGCCGAAGAGAUAACGAGGUGAUUGGGUACAUAUUUCAGUACAACACUGUUUCAAGACACCAGUACAAGGUGCACGUAUAACCUGGACUUGAAGCACACUUUUACUUUCAUAUGGAAAAGCACUGCUGUAAAAAAACGGAAAUGUUCUGUUACUAAAUAAGGAUCCCUGUAUGUAUUUCUAUUUGAAAACAAAACGGUGAAAUAUAAUGAGACCAGCUGUUUUUUACCA